AUGGUCACUGUUUAUUCCUCUGUCCUGGUCGGUCUGGCUGCAUCCUUAUUAUCAGCUGUUUCACGCGCAAACGACAUCAAUGCUUGCAAGGAAGGAAGCUGCGCAGAUUGUCCCUUGUACGCGGAGACACUGGACUCACCGAAUUGCGUUGUCUAUGAGAAAUCAGCGUUUGAUAACGGAGGUUACGAGGUUCUCCCCCGUGGAGGCUAUGCCGUGUACCUCGACAUUCCGCAGCCUGACCAAGGCUGCGCGUAUAUUGUUGGCGGCCCCGCGAGCGGCGGCGCCAGCCCAUCGUGUGGCCCGAUUAUUGGACGAUACAGCAACGCUGUCUGCGCUCGCGUAGCAGUCAAUUCGCCAAUAAGCCUGAGCUACUGCUGCGGCGGCUGCAACCCCGAGGAGGCCAAGGUCAUUACAGGCAAUCUCACCACCCGUGGAAUUCCCGCCGCCAAGCGUAACUGCGAUACAUUCACGCAAGACGGCGAUCCAUACGAAGCCCUCGGUGGCUCUUUGAAAGUUUCCGACACCGAGGUAGGCCCCGGCCACAUCGACGUCUCCAAGUCCGUGGAAAUUGGCAGGACCACUACCUUCUCCGCAAGCGUCGGCGAUCCUUAUGGUAUUAUCUCUGAGAGCAUUGGCGUCGAGUUCAGCGAGUCCGAGUCCACAAGUCUCACCUACAGUCUUGACAUCGACGAGGGCCAGACUGGGUAUGUGGCGUGGGCACCCACUAUGACCUGCUACAGGGGGACGCUCUCCAACUGCGAUGGUGGUGCUGAGGAGGCUGGCGAGGCCUGCAACCCCAAGACGGACUCGGACGGGAAUGUCGUGGGAACGUACACUUUUGUCACAACCUCGAAGCAGGUGCCUCCAGCCAACGCUAAGCGUGGUCUGCGAUUCAGGUACUAGAUACUGCUGAUUCACAGCGGACCUUGCUUGGCGGUACCAAAGAGGCUCCCCUAAGAGGCCUUCGCAAAUCACCUCCUGACUGUGAGAUGUUGUCAUGACGUUGAAGUUCUUUUGCUUUCAUUAUUGGAGAUUGUGCCUCUUAGACGAACAGGCCUCUCUCCCCGUGCUCUAUAUUCACUUCUUACGCUCCUUUGAUUUUGAUUUUGCUCCCGCUUUGUGUGAUCCAUGGGCUGUCCAAGACUUGUACUUAGUUAAUGUGAUAGAGUGUUGAUAAUAAUGCCAUGGACAUGCUGCUAUAACCUCACUCUCUGAAGUCCUCCGUCUUCUUUGCUGCCCCCCACACUAGCCUCAUACGGUAUCCAUAAUUAGAGACUCUUCUACCA